UAACGCGUCAUCUCGCCUUCCCAAAUUUUCCCCCCUCGCUAGACAGGGUCCAAAACCUCCAUCUGGAGCCGGCAGGAGAAGAGAACGAUGUUUAACUCGGUCAACCUGGGCAACUUCUGCUCGCCGUCGCGCAAGGAGAGGGGCGCUGAUUUCGGCGAGCGAGGGAGCUGCGCCUCCAACCUCUAUCUGCCCAGUUGCACUUACUACGUGCCCGAGUUCUCCACGGUCUCCUCCUUCCUGCCCCAGGCCCCCUCUCGUCAGAUCUCCUAUCCCUACCCGGCCCAAGUGCCCCCGGUCCGGGAGGUCUCCUACGGCCUGGAGCCCUCCGGCAAGUGGCACCACCGGAACAGCUACUCCUCCUGCUAUGCGGCGGCCGACGAGCUCAUGCACCGGGAGUGCCUGCCUCCUUCCACCGUCACCGAGAUCCUCAUGAAAAACGAAGGCUCCUACGGCGGCCACCACCACCCCAGCGCCCCGCACGCCGCCCCGGCCGGCUUCUACUCCUCGGUCAACAAGAACAGCGUCCUGCCUCAAGCCUUCGACCGUUUCUUCGACAACGCCUACUGCGGCGGCGGAGACGCGCCGGCCGAGCCCGCCUGCCCGGGCAAGGGGGAGGCCAAGGGGGAGCCCGAGGCGCCCCCGGCCUCGGGACUGGCGGCCCGGGCUGAGGCAGGGGCCGAGGCCGAGGCCGAGGAGGAAAACACGAAUCCCAGCUCGUCCGGUUCAGCCCACUCAGCGGCCAAGGAGCCGGCCAAGGGAGCCGCCCCCAACGCCCCCCGCACCCGCAAGAAGCGCUGCCCUUAUUCGAAAUUCCAGAUCCGGGAACUGGAGCGAGAGUUUUUCUUCAACGUGUAUAUCAACAAAGAGAAGCGGCUGCAGCUGUCCCGGAUGCUGAAUCUGACGGACCGACAAGUGAAAAUUUGGUUUCAGAACAGAAGGAUGAAAGAAAAAAAACUAAGCAGAGACCGGCUGCAGUAUUUCUCGGGAAAUCCUCUGCUGUAACCGCAGACCGGGCCCUUUCGGGGAGGGGGGAGGGAAGGGGGAGAUUAUUUUAUUUUAUUUUAAGUUUUUAUUUUCUAACUCGCCUCCUUUCCGCGGGUGGAAAACUGGACUGUGGCCAGGGCUGGCCCCCACUGCCGUUUGCCCGCACUUCUUUCUGGAACCUCCUUCACCUUGGUCUGACUCCAUGUGGGACAGGGACCGGGCCUGGAAAGGGGGGUGAAGGAAAGUGUCUGACCCACGGCGAGUGGACACCGUUGGCGCCGAGGCCAAGACUCUUUAUUUAAAAGAAAACACACCUCGCGACAACGUCUUGCUGCUCGGAUUGGGCGGGGGAGGGGCGAGAGUAGUGGCCGCCAGAAGCGAACAAUCCUUGAACUAAAAGCCUUGCCCAAGUGGGAAGAUCUGCUAGGACACCGCGUCUUCCAGGGGAGAAGGCCCGGGGCUCCCCGCCCCUAUCCCACCUCGCCCCACUGCUAGGGGGCAGCUAAAUGUGAUCCCGCCUUGCUGUGAAAUUUCUGUUCCUUUGACCUGGUGUUAGGUGUGCCACGUCCAUGUCCUACCUCCGUCUGCGCCCAGGCCCCGCCCGAGCCUAAAGUUGUUCUCCCCUUGAGCGUGUAGAGCCCUCCUUUGAAAUGUCUUAACUGGUGCAUUGAGGUUUCCUAACCUUUUUCCAAGCCGUGCCCCACUCCAUGAAUUUAUAGCUAUAGUCUAUGCAUUUGUUACCACUUUUGUUAAGGCAGAAAAAAAAAAAAGGUUGGGAUGGAAGAGGCAGUAGGGAGAUGGGAUUGGACACCUCUUCCAUGCUGGGGCCUGAAUUUUUGUAAAUAAAUUUCACAAGCAUUUCUUUCUACCCGGAGGGGAUGUGGGGUGGACUCGCCUGGAAUGAGAUUCGAAUCACCCGUCUCCAUGUGCGUGAGUGCGUGUGUACGUGUGCAAUCCCCACCGUGCUCUCGUCCCAGAGGGAUUGCUGUGAAUUUUUUUUUUUUGUGGCAAAUAAAGAUAUUUCAUUCUGUUCAA